AUGCUCAAAUUCCGAGUGCAGCCCGUGGUGGCCCUUCUCCUCAUUGUCAUCACGGCCCUCUUCAUGACCAUCACCCUUGUGCCCAACAGCCUCCCGCGCGCAGACAAUGUUCCUCUUGCUGUUCUUACGCAUACCGUGUUGUUCAAGUUCAGCGCGAAAGCUAACGCUGAGAAUGUAAAAGCGGCCUGCGCUCGUUUCCUAAAACUAAAGGACGAUUGUAUUCUCCCAGGCAAGAAGAGGCCGUAUAUUGUAUCAAUGCGCGGCGGCCAAGACAAUUCCCCCGAAGGUCUGCAGGACGGCUUCACGCAUGGAUUCGUCGUGCAAUUCCACUCGGCCAAGGAUCGCGAUUAUUAUGUCAACUCGGACCCUGCUCACCAGGCCUUCAAGGAGAGCAUUUCCAGCUUAGUGGACAAGGCCCUUGUGGUCGACUUUGACAAUGGCGUGUACUGA